AUGAAUCCCAACGUUCAUAUCUUCAUCGACGAAGGGCGAAUUUUCACAUCGCUCAAUGCAUCCUCCCCUCCUGCCCUGAUACCUCCUAUUCCUAGGCCCUGGAACUCCUACCUGGAAUCUGAUUCUUCCCCCGAUAACAUCAAAGACGUAUUAACUACUCAGUGGGCGUACGAAACGCGCCCAUGGUUUCCUCUCAUCCCCGAAAAUCCUGUUUUCGAUGGCGCAAUAUUCGGCUGCCUUAAUCACUCCUUCUACUCCUUGCCCAUAGAGCCUACAUCUGACGGUCGCUACACUUUACGCGGAGACGUUAGAAGAGCAUGGGAGAACCUAGAGCAAAAGUUACUUUGGUGCCAGACGUGCCUAGCGCAGAACAUGCCCUUCCCUUGGUACGGUCAACCUCCGCGAACUCCGGCUGAUUACGGAUACACGAGGUCUCACGUGGAUGCGAAGCUUGCGAAGAAGGUUGCUCUGAGAUCACGCGACGCGUUCUUAGGCAUCGCGGCUCUAUGUACAUACUUCAUAAUGCAUCGUCUAGAGAGUCCGACGAAUAGUCCCUCCAAAUGGACCUCUGUCUUGACUAAAGACCCUCAGUGUUCUAUACCCCCUGCAUGGGUGGUAGAGCUCUCCCGCACAUUCGUCGGGGAUUUUACAAGUGCUGUACCUCGCACCGGUACGAUUAUCAACAGCGCCCACAGUCUGGGCUGGGACUCAGAUGUGCACAUGUUUGAACGCUUUAAUGUUCCAACUUGGGUGUAUUGGCCUCCUGAUGGCGUGGUCGGAAAGCGCUGGAAAAAUCACGCACCUUGUGCAGAAGCUAUAGCCGUAGCAACUGAGAAAAGUUUGUGGGGCGAUCAGUCUGAUGCUAAUCCAUGGGGUGCUCAGUUUGACGGUAAUCCGUGGGGCUCUCUCACCGACGGUGAUCCGUGGGCCGCCCAGGCGAAUGAUCCUGGAAGUCUUCAAUUAAACGAUCCGCAACCUGUAUCCAAUGCUGAUACUCAAUCCCCGCCCGACUCUUCCUUUUUUCCGAAACCAGAGGCAGGUAGUGGGCAGAGACCUGGCGAGGAUUGGCAGCAGUUCUUUGCCCGCCAGGCAGCACAACACAAGGAGAAGGAGGAGAAGGAGACGCCCUCUCAAAGGUCUGCACGUCUGAAUCGCAUAGAGAUGGUGGGCCAGAAACUUCCUGGGAGGUCUAGCAAGGUCAAGGUGUUUGAAUGGGAACCCCAAGACGAGCAUAACGGCUUUUUGUUGCGCAAGGCCGUCACUAAAGCUAACAUAGAGGGAGUCUGGGGAAAUUAUAACAGGUUUACAAGGAUCUACAAUUCCUUCGCCAAUCAGUGGGACUUGUGUCUCGCGCUCAACCCAGAUAGCGAGCCUGAUGGUGAUGAUCGAGAAGAUGACGACGACAUCAUGCCUCCACUCCCUAUCCGCGGCCCCUCAAAUGUCCCUCCUCCGGCCCCUUCCAGUUUCUCGCAUGAUAUAUACAGAUACUUCGGCCAAGACGUUUCACUCUCAUCAAGACACACGGGCAUUGAAGGACUCGUGCCUGUCUUGCAUCACCAUUUCGGAUAUCGACUCAAUGCACCUACGUCUGCUCCCUUGUAUGGGUCCAUACGACUCGAAGCGUGGAUUAAGAAGAUGACAUGGGAUCAUGUGCGCAAGCUCCUUGGUGAUUCAACAACAGAAACCGGCAUGAUCGCAGAGCCACAACGCAACAGUAUCACGUACUACAUCUCGUAUCUAGUGAACUUGAAGGACACUGAGUUGGACACAAUCCCGCCUGAUGUCUGGGAUUUGGGGCCACACCCAUCUUUACCAAUCGUGCAUGCUCAUAUCCGGGUUUCUUACGCAGAUUUAUCACAACGCAGGUUUUACAUAAUCGAACCCCGCCAGUCCCCAACUCUUGUCGUGUGGACACUGGCUGUCCCCGACCCCAUUACUGCUGUCAUGUGCCUGCGACGUAACUGGGGGUCAGAUAUGAGGGAGAUCGCAUUGGCUCUCCUUAAAAGAGGCAUGUCAUUCAAGACUCUCCAGCGGAUGGCCGUCGCCCCCACCUUGCGUCGCCCCCUUACUGAACUUCGGACAUACACGUUGGGUCAUCGAGCACCCCCCUUCCGAGCUGUGUACGCUGAUUAUGCUGUAUACGAGCAACUACGCCACGAGUUCAUGAAUCGGCCUCGAGCAAGGGCUGCUUUCCUGCAUGGAGGACUCGUGUGGCGGUUGGCUUUGCACAGCCUCGGUUUCGACCAUCUUCCUUCUGUUCUUGAUGGUAUUUCGACUGAGGCCGUUCCAUUUGGCCACCUGUUGUUUUGGAAUGGCCAGACUUACUAUGACGAUGGGCUGUCGGAUCAAGAAAUCGAUUUCAUUUGCGGAACUUAUUAUAUUGAGAAGCCUCAGAGCACGGACGUAGUCUCCUGGUGGCCUAGGCCCAACGCUUGGGAUGCAUCGGGCCUGAACCUUGGUUUUUGGUCCGCGCGUUGCGAAGAUUGGUUCCAAAAACGUCUUGACAACAUCCGAGAAGGGGUUUCCCGCGCGCGACAUUCAUCCACCAGUGACGCUAAUGGUCCAAUGACCUCCACGCAAUGGAAGCGCUCCCUGAAGUUUAACCCUGGCACAAACAAGCUGAUGCAAAAUAUGUCGGCAGCGUGUUACGAUCACAUGUCGAGAGCAUCUGUUUGGACUGACACAUAG